AUGGACGACGGCGCGCAGGUCGUCAUCCCGGACCUGGACGAGGAGCCGCUGCUCCUGCCGAACCUCGAGUGGCAGGCGGCGCGUCUCCUCCAGAGCCCUGUGGCGCCGGGCGCGCCACCUGGCGGCGUCGCUGCGCCCGACGCGGCGUCGCUCUCGCCGUCGUACGAGGCGACGCCGCCCAAGGGCCGCGCUGCGCCGCGCCUGCGCCACUUUCGCUCCGGCUCGCUCACGGACGAGUCCAAGUCGUCGUUCCGCUUCGGCUCGUCGUUCACACAUACCCUGCCUGGCGUCGAGCAUGCUCCGUCGCCGUCGCGCAGCGACCGGGGCGAUGGCCUGUCUACGUUUUCGUUCCCUGUCAAAAAGGCGUCGUUCGCGAGUCUCAAGGCGGAGAUCCGCGGCCAGCCGCCGACGCCCAGCACGAAGGAGCCGGACGCCGGCUCGCCGAGCAUAAGCGACCGCGCGGGCCGCAGCGGCGUGCUCGGCGACAUUGCGUCUGUGUCCGCGGGCCUCGCGCACGCGACAGGCAUGCCGCGCCCGCGCAAGCACAGCAAGUCGGGGAGCCAGGUCUCCGCGGACAGCCUCGCGCCCUCGUCGAGCCCCAGCCGCCUGCACCCGUUCCGGCACGCCCACCAGGGCUCGCACCUGUCCGAGCCGUCGGUCGAGGGCGCGCUCACGUCGCCGUCCAGUGCGGGCGCGCCGGGCGACGUGCUGUCGCCGCCGAUCGCGCUCGCGCCGGGCGACGACGGCGACGCGCUGCUGCCCGACCUGCCCCGCGCGCCCGGCGCGCGCCCGAUGACCUAUGCGAUCCAGCAGGUGCUCAUGCAGUUCCAGACGCUGGCGGAGGACGCGCUGUAUGCGGUGCUCACCGUGUCGCACGACGCCGACGCCAUCCAGGUGCUCUUUCCCACGGCCGUGCAUCGCGCAGCGUGGGAAGACGUCCUCGAGACGCUCGCGCACCUCGCGCAGCACGACCGCGAGCUGCUCAUCGACGCGGUGCUCGCGUGGCGCGCCGAGGUGCUGGACCAGCCCGCGCCGCUGCACCGCCAGCCGAGCGACGCCGCGUCGCUCGUCAGCACGUCGUCGCAGGGGACGACCAGCGCAGGCUCCACCGAGCUGGUGCGCCGCCGCCGCGCGCUCGCCGUGACGUACCUCGUGUGCCAGGCCCUGCUGCGCGCGGUGCCGCCCGGCACGAACGACCGCAUGGGCGAGGACCUCGACGACCCCGCGAUGGACGAGUUCGUCACGACGCUCUUCCACUUCCUGCACCUGUGCUCCGUCGACCGCGAGAGCGAGCGCGGCACCCUGGUGCGCCUGCACACGUCGCUGCAGCAGCAGUGCUUCGACGCGGUCGCGCGCGUCCUCGGCGAGCUCUCGCGGCACUGCCUCCCGGCGAUCGGCGAGCAGUUCGUCUCCAUCCUGCGGCACUCGAACGCCGUCGCCGCCUCGCGCGACAACGAGCUGCUCACCGAGGCAGCGAUCCUCGGCAUGCGCUACCUGCGCAUCACGCUCUACCCCAUGGAGGCGUUCGAGGCCGGCGCCGAGUUCCUCGCCGUGCUCGCCAAGUUCUUCGCGCACUCCCACGGCUACCGCAUCAAGCGCGCCUUUGCGCGCGUCCUGCACACGAUCCUCGAGCCCGUCGCCCGCAGCGCGUCCGUCGAGCUGCACCACCCCGUGUGGGUCGCCGCGAUGAACACGCUCCUGCCCCGCGCGCAGGCGCUCGCCGCCCGCUCGCGCUACUGGGGCGUCGCGUACCCGCUCUGGGCCAUGGUCCUGUGUGCGUCGCCGCCCGACGUCCUCGUCGACCGCUGGUCCGCGUGCGUCGACAGCGGCCUCGCGCGCUGGAAGGAGCGCCCCAAGGCGGCCGACAUGCGCGCCACGGUCCUCGCGUGCGCCGCGCAGCUCGCGUGGGCGUACCUGUUCCGCUGCCACGAGGGCACCAGCCCGACCGCGCGCCGCCUCGACGCGGUGCUCGGCCCGUGCCUCCCGUCGCCGCGCACCGCCCUCGCGCCGCACGACCCGAGCAUGGACGCGUGCGUCGCGCUGCUCAGCGCCGCGCUCUUCCGCCAGCCGGAGUACACGCGCCCCAUCGUGCUCGACCUGCUGCGCCACACCCACUUUGAGCGCACCGCGCCGCUCCAGCCGGACACGCUGCAGCCCACGCGCAUGGCCGUCGCCGUGCGCGCCGUCGCAUGCACGCUGCACGCGUACGUCCGCGGCGAGCCCGUGCCGUUCCCCAGCGCGCCGCACGCGCCGCCCGAGGCCCUGCCCGUGGACGGCGCGGUGGCCUUCCCGAGCGCGGACGUCGCCGCGGCCUUUGCGCAGUUCCACACGCUCAUCGCACAGAUCGCGCUCGCCUGCGACUACCUCGCCAAGGGGCUGAGCGUGCUCGACGAGCGCACCCCGCUCGCGCGCGGCACCAAUGCGCCGCUCGUGCAGGGCGAGCGCGCGACCCUCGAUCCCGAGCACUGGGAGGUGCGCACGCACGCGCAGGGCGCCUUCACCGUCGCGUACGCCCGCGAGCACCAGCCGCAGCUCGAGCUGCUGCGCGCGUGCAUCGAGACGUGGCCGCGCGGCCUCGCGCCGAGCCUCGGCACGCCGACGUGCCUCGCGCUCCUGUUCCGCGCCCUGUUCAGCGUCGAGCCUGCGCUGCACCGCGCGAGCGCGGCCGCCCUCGUGCGCCUCGCACGCGGCCCCGACGGCGCACCGCCCGUGCUCCGCGCGCUGCUCCCGUGGCUGUUCCGCCAGGACGGCCUCGUGUGGGAGCUGCAGGCGCACGCGGACGUGCUCCUGCCCAAGAUCGCGCAGGCCGCCGCGCUCUUCGUCGACCUGCUCGACGUGUGGCGCACGCAGCGCGACCCGGCCGCGCUCGAAACGCUCGCGGACGCCGAGGCAGGCGCGCUCCUGCUGCUGUGCAUCCCCAGCGUGGCACUGCGGCAGCAC